CACUCCAUUCCCUGAACCCUCUAAUUCUGUCUGUCUCAGAAGUGCACAUGCGAAAAGAGAUGGCUUCAGCCACCACAUUUUCCCUAAUGUUACACUUUCUGUUGUUAAUAUUAUGUUCUUCGUUUCAUCAACCAAGCUCAGCAUUCACAUCGCAAGAGUACCAGGAGGCUCUUGAGAAAUCCAUUCUCUUCUUUGAGGGACAACGGUCUGGAAAAUUGCCUUCCAACCAGCGACUAACAUGGAGGGGAGAUUCUGGAUUGUCCGAUGGCUCUUCAUAUCAUGUAAACCUGGUAGGUGGUUAUUAUGAUGCUGGAGAUAACGUUAAGUUUGGGUUGCCAAUGGCCUUUACUACUACAUUGUUAGCAUGGAGUGUGAUUGAAUUUGGAAGCUCGAUGAUGGAGCAGAUUGAAAACGCUAGAGCUGCUAUCCGCUGGAGCACAGAUUACCUUCUUAAGGCUGCCACUACCACCCCUGACACAUUAUAUGUCCAAGUAGGAGACCCGAACAUGGAUCACAAGUGUUGGGAAAGGCCUGAAGAUAUGGACACUCCACGUAAUGUAUAUAAGGUAUCAGCUCAAAACCCAGGAUCAGAUGUAGCAGCAGAAACGGCAGCUGCACUGGCAGCUUCUUCAAUAGUCUUCAGAGAUUCGGAUUCAGCAUAUUCCUCCAAAUUGCUUCAAGCAGCCAUCAAAGUAUUCAAUUUUGCAGACCGUUACAGGGGUUCUUACAGUGAUUCUCUUGGUUCUGUUGUCUGUCCAUUCUACUGCUCUUACUCCGGAUACCAUGAUGAACUUCUGUGGGGUGCAUCAUGGAUUUAUAAAGCCUCAGGAACUAGCUCGUACAUGCAAUAUAUUCGAUCCAAUGGCCACAUUUUAGGCGCCGAUGACGAUGGUUUCUCCUUCAGCUGGGAUGACAAGCGACCCGGAACUAAAAUCCUCCUUUCCAAGGAAUUCUUGGAGAAAAAUUCAGAAGAGUUCCAAUUAUACAAGGCACAUUCAGAUAAUUACAUUUGCUCGCUAAUGUCUGGAAUACCUGGUUCUCAGGCUCAGUACACUCGAGGGGGGCUUCUUUACAAGGGGAGUGAGAGCAAUUUACAGUACGUGACAUCGACAAGUCUCCUUCUGUUGACAUACGCUAAGUAUCUUUCUGCAAACGGGGGCAGUGUGAGAUGUGGGACUUCAACGGUCACGGGUGACAACCUCGUAAACCUAGCCAAAACACAAGUUGAUUACAUUUUGGGAGAUAAUCCAAGAAAGAUGUCUUAUAUGGUGGGUUUUGGGGAGCAGUACCCAAAGCAUGUCCACCACAGGGGUUCCUCUCUACCUUCGGUUCGUGCCAGGACUCAGCACAUUUCCUGCAACGAAGGGUUUCAGUAUCUGUAUUCAGGCUCUCCCAAUCCAAAUGAGCUUGUUGGAGCCAUAGUUGGUGGUCCUGACAGCAAUGAUAACUUUUCCGAUGAUCGAAACAACUAUCAGCAAUCAGAACCAGCAACGUACAUCAAUGCACCCUUUGUAGGUGCUGUUGCCUAUUUCUCUGCUAAACAAUAGUGUGGUAGUAAGAGAGUAGUACCUAUAGUUAACGCUUGUAUUUAAUUAGAAGAAUCUCAGUAUGGCGUUAGCCCCAUAUCGUUUAGGUCCGUGAUGAAUGUUUCCACCCGACAAGCAAGGUUUUUUCUCAAAUCUAACAUUCUCUUCUAUCUAUAAAAUGUCUUUCAUAAA